AUGCCUGUCGACUACAGCAAGUGGGAUGCUCUGGAGCUGAGCGACGACUCGGACGUCGAGGUCCAUCCCAACGUCGAUAAGCGAUCGUUUAUUCGGGCGAAACAAAACCAGAUUCACCAGGAGCGUCAGCAGCGGAAGCUCCAGAUCGAGACCCUGAAGUACGAGCGCAUUAUAAACGAUGGCCUCGAGAAGCGAAUCUCAUCUCUGCUGGCUGCCCUCAGGGCGCGGUCAUCGGAGGCGGCCGACCGGAACCCCGGGGAGGUUGCCUUCAAGGCCGUGAUGGAGUCCGUGGGCGACCCCAAGAACGACAAGCCGCCCGCACCACCCAGCGGCGUGUACACGGGGCAGGAGGAGCAGCCGAGCUAUUCUAAGAUGAUGAUGACCCUCCUGGACCAGGUCAACCAAGCUCUGAACGAGAAGAACCCGGACGACCGAUACAGCGCUAUGGUGGAGGAGAUCCAGGGCCACGAGACUAAGGUGAAGAACCUCCAGAAGGACCUCGAGAAGAAGCUGGCCGAGCUGGAGAAGGAGGAGGGCAAGAAGAUUACGAGCGAGGGGUACCACACAGGCUUUGACAGCUCCCACGUCAGCAAGGCUGAACCCGCGAAGCCCGGCGAGAAGAAGGAGGAGCCGGCCCAGGUCGAGCUUCUCAACCCCAACUUCCAAGCAUCAGGAUCUUCGCAAGGGACCAAGGCGACCAUCGACGACGAUGAGGAGAUCGAGGCUUCUCCUGCAGGGAAGAAAUUCGCCGCGAUCAGCUCGCAGGAUUACACCGCGAGCGCCCGGUUCCUGGCCGAGAACCCCCAGAUUUUGUCGGAGCGCGAGACGGAUGGUAUCUUGGUGCUGGCAUUUGAUGCGGCACUGGAGCGCAAAGACGAUCUCUCCAGGCAGUACGUUCACCAGGCGCUCCUCCUGCAGUACUGCCGUUCCCUCGGACGAGACGGGGUUGGGAUCUUCUUCAAGAGAAUCACCACCAAGGGACACCAGGCACAGGAGGUCUUCUACAAGGAUGUUCAGGAUACAUACACGAGGAUCAGGACGCGCGCACGGGAGAUUGUUGCGGAGAGGGCCAAGGAGGGCGAGGCCGGCGGCGUUGAACAGAUCCAGCUGCAUGCUAUGGAGCCUGGGACCGUGAUUCAGAUCAACGUGCCGUCGGCCGAUAGCGAGGACCCGGAGGAGAAGAAGGCCCGCGAGAUUUACGAUACAUUUGCCCCGGAGAUGAGAAAGGCUCUGGAGUCGGGAACCCUGGAUGCGGUGAACAAGGUUCUUGGUGAGAUGAGCGUCCCAGAGGCCGAAGAUCUUGUUGCCCUGUUCGGCGAGGCAAAUAUCCUCAGCUUGGAAGAGCAGAUCAUCGACGCGACAACGGAGGAGGGUCAGCAGCAGCUCAAGGAGAUGGAGAAGGCAGCAGCUGAAGAGAAACACUACUCGGAUCCGGAGUAG